GUAUCCAUCUCAGACCAAGGCUCUCCGGAGAAAACGGUAGAAGUUAACGUUCGAAUUGUCGUAUUCGAUGCUAAUGAUCACACUCCGAGAUUCAUGCCAUUGAGCCCAAAUGUCUUGAGGCAUUCGACGCUCCUCACCUAUUACUUCCGCGUUUAUGAUUCCGAACAAGACUCCACUUUAGGUUGUGUCGGGCGCGUGUUCGCAGUGGAUUUGGAUGAUUCUUUGAACGGUACGGUGGUGUAUUGGCGCGACAGGUCUUCCAAAUUUGACGGAAACAACAGCUAUUCAGACGGUGGCUUUGAUGUUCAUCCUGAAACUGGCGACAUAUGCUCAAGCUUCUUUCCUCUUCAACCCGGUGAAUACGAAAUACGAGUUUUUGCCAAGGAUCAAGGGCAGCCACAACGUGUCGCUAAUGAUAACACUUCGGUCGUCGUUCACGUUACCGUGCUUCAAAGCCCCUCGUCUGGUAAACCGAAUGGUGCGUUGCACUUCACCGAUGUUCCGCCCAAGGUGUUCGUCAUUCAAAGCAGUAGGACUCGUGGAAGCAAAUUGUUCACUUUCUCCGUGAUGGAUUCCUUGGAUCAGGACGGUACAAUCCUAACGUAUUCGCUCAGCACCCCCAAUGGCUCUCGGCUAUUUCCGUUCUGUCUGAAUUUGACUUCCCACGCGGGCGGAUAUGUGUUGCUUACCGAAUCGCUUCCCAGGGACCUGGAGAUCACUUAUCAGAUUCUCCUCACUGUUUCGAACGGAUUCCAGCGCCUGACAUCAAGAAUCACCAUUUCCAUCAAAGCUCUUGACAUCUUCGGACCCAAAUUCUUACCCAAAGAGUUUGGUAAACAUUCUGCGGGCCAAAUAUCAGUGACACAGACGCCUGGUUCCACAAGUCUGAAGGUGUUCAUUGGGCUCAAUGAAUCUGUGUUGGUUGGUAGCCUUGUGUGCCAGCUUGUUGCACGCACACACACCUACUUUGAGGGACGGUCGACCCUGGAGUACACAGUUGUCUCGGUUGGUCAGGUUGCCACGCGUUUCUCAUUCAGCCUGAACAACCAUACAGGUGAACUCCGCAUCGCACGUCCUCUUGAUCACGAGUCAGUGGCUUGGCAUAGUCUGCUGAUUGCUGUUCGCGACGCGCAGAGACCCACGCUAUCGUGCUUCGUCCAAGUUUUCAUCAAUGUUUCCGACAUCAACGAAUACGCUCCGCUCUUUGUGGGCUUUCCGGUCCCACUCACUAAUACCUCAAAGAUUGUGCCUGCUAAUGAUCAUUUGGUUUUUUACACUUCUGGCACCGCCUCCGUCGGCACCGUCGUAGGUCGAGUUACUGCCAUCGACCUCGAUCACUCUGACACUGGGUGUAUCACCUAUUCUCUUAUUGGUGGAGAUACUGUUGACUACUUUUCGAUCGAUCCGAUGACUGGGGAGUUGCGCUUGACUAAAUCCUUGUUGCCUCAUCAUGACUCGGACACUUUUCUAUCUGGUCCACAACCCAGACGAGUGCGUACUUCGUGGUCUCCCGAGCAUCGCAUUUUGGUAUCUGCCACAGACAACAACAAAUACGUUUCUAGAAGUAACCACACUCAAGUGAUUGUUCGUAUAGUCCCUGGACCCGGUGAUAUCGAUGCCCCACCACCUGAGUUUACUUCUCGUCAUGUGGUGCAUUUUACUGUCAAUGAGAAUCUGCCUCCUGGAUAUAUUAUUGCAUCCCUUGGUCACUUUUUGACUCCUGAGUCGGCAGUUUAUGGAUUCAUACAGUUUGACCUCAUUAGCAGUGAGCCAGUUGGCACAUUCGACAUGCAAGGCCUAACCCAACAUGGUAUCCAAUCUCAAGCGACUUCCGAUCUCGACCUGUUUCAAGUGGCAUCCAGCACUGGAUUCCUGGUCACAGCGGUUCGUUUGGAUAGGGAACAACAUGGGGACUUUCAUCGUCUUCUUGUGCAGGUGCGCGGAGCACAUGGUAUCCGGAGGAGAGUACGCGAUUAUUUAGUUGUCGAGAUCCAGAUUUUGGAUGUGAACGACAAUCCUCCCGCCAUUUUAUCACCGCGGUACAUUAGAGGUUGUGUCUUCGAGGAUGCACAACCGGGAUCCCUGGUCUUACAAUCUUGUACCGAGGUACCCAUCGGGAGUAGUAGUUUGCAGCGCAGUCCAGUUCACUUUUAUGCCUUUGAUCCUGAUCUGGGUUUGAAUGGUCGUAUCAAGUACGAAUUAAUUGAACCGUACACUGAAGACGUAUUUUCAAUAUUCUCCAUCGAUCACGCUAAUGGACUACUCCGUUUAAGCACCAGUGCGUCUUUGGAUCGUGAAUCAAUGUCGCACUAUCAGCUGACGCUUCAGGUCUCGGACUCUGGUUCACCUCCUCUCACCGCUAACAGUUUGAUCCGUAUCGAGGUAGAGGUUCUGGAUGUGAACGAUUGUCCGCCAAUUUUCAGCGAAUUAUUUUACACUUCAACUCUUAUACUACCCACCUAUCCCUCUGAAUUGAUCGCACAACUGCAGGCGGUUGAUCCCGACGUGAAUGACUCAGUAUCUUACCGGUUGGCGGACAACGUUUGGUCUACUUAUUUCACUGUGGAUUCCCACACGGGACGCCUACUUGUCGCUCCAAAUUCUUCUUUACUCAACCUGCAUUCAUUGUUUGUGGAACGGACCUACUUGUUGGUCGUCGAGGCAUUUGAUACCCACUUGCCACACCCACAUGUCACCCGUGCUAAUGUCACUGUGUUUGCACAAAUUUCACCUGACCUUCGCGGGCCGGGUCACACGUUAAUUGUUGAUCCGGAGGACGGACUUGACGUCAGUUUUCCGGAGCAUUACAAUGGUAACGAACCGCUCUUUCUUGGUCAACUUUCCGUUCGAGACGCUCCUGUUGGUGCCAUUCACAAAUUUGUUGUCUUGACUCCUUCUUGUGGAGUCACUGUGGAUCGUUCAACUGGCGCCGUGUUGGCUACCGGCGACCAACCUGAUUGCGUCUUGGAUCGUGAAGUCACACCUCAUCUCACAUUACACAUACUUGUGAGAGAUAUGCACCACCGGAUUGGUCGGACCACAGUCCGAGUGCAUCUAUUAGAUAUCAACGAUCAUGCUCCGUUGUUUGUCGGUGCACCUUAUCAUAUUGUGUUUUGUCUUAGCCCAAGCUUUGAUGACCGACCCAGUUCCGGAUCCAAGUCACAUUGCCAACAAAACAACUUCAGCGUGACUGCCGUGGACAUGGAUGAUGGUAUCAAUGGUUCGUUCACAUUUCACUUGGAGAACAUCCAUCCUCGUGUUGAACCUCCGUUGAUAGCCGUCGACUCUCAGACUGGUCAGUUGAAGCUGCUACGUCACAUACCACCGGAUUGGACUGGGCGCCAGUUGGACGCCUCUGUGGUUGCAAUAGACGGAGGCGGGUUGUCCUCGACGGCUUCCAUCACCAUCCAACUGGUGUUUGCUGACGGGCCACGGUUUCUGGCCCCACACUACACUGUUUCCAUACCUGAAUCUUCUCAAAUUGGUGAGGCUGUAACAACUGUGGAGGCGACCAGUGCGAGUCCGUCUGCCAGUCUGAUUUAUCGUCUAACCAGCAUUAAAGUGGAAAAUAGCUCUUCUGGUUCCGAGCGUAAAAGCUGGUCAUCCAUUGAUCUUGCUGACAGCCCAUUCACUUUGGAAUUCAACACAGCUUAUCUGAACACAGGUCCCUGCUUAGUCAGACUCAUAAGACCGCUGGAUUACGAGUCAGCCUCCAACUAUGUCUUGUUGCUAGAAGUUUUGGACACAUCGACCGGCCUAACAGCUCGUGCCUACUUAUCAAUCAAUGUGACGGAUGUGAACGAUGUGGCGCCCCGUUUCCUCGUACCCGAACACACGUUAUUUGUCUCCGAGAACGAAAACGCGCAGCAUGCUCUGCUCUUACUUGUAGCUAUUGACCCGGACACUGGCUACGGCGGACAGGUCAUGUACACGCUGGAAGCUCACGGCUCCGCUACUAGCGAAUCCAGUUUGCCAUCUCCGCUGAACAAGGAAUACAUCAAUUCCUUGUCUUACUUCGCUUGCGAUUCCGAAACUGGGUUACUUACGCUUGCUCGCAAACUGGACUAUCGAGUCGCUUCAACUCAUCGCUUCUGGGCGGUUGCUACCGAUCGAGGCGCGAUUCCUCUGAGUUCGAGGAUACCCAUCACGAUUCACGUAUUGGACCACAACGAUCACCCGCCUCAAUUUGAUUUCUCCGAUUCAUUGGACAUAGUUGACUGCAGACUGUUUGCCAGUUUGGACCCGCGCGCCGCUCCCGGUACGUUUGUUAUGCGUGUGUUGGCUAGCGACGCCGAUGUAAAUGAUACUCUGAGUUAUCGCGUGCUGCCGUCGGACACAGGGCACACUGACUAUUUUCGUCUCCGACCGGAUGAUGGUGUCCUGCUUUGGGCUCCGUUUCGCACGCUCGAUGGGAAAGUUUCUCAGCAUCCUCUAGCUGGCAUUCCAGCAUGGCACAGCUUCAAUGACUCUUUCCAUCACUCUGUUUCCAUCGCUCCGUUCCAGGAUGAAUCUUUUUUCUUCGAGGUUGAGGUCACCGACGGGCUACAUCUCAGCAAAUGCGAAGUUCACAUUGAGUUAGGUUCUGUUAAUUGGGAGUCUCCAAAGUUCCCUGCACCGAACGUUGAAGUCUGGAAUAUCCCUGAAGUUACAACUCAUCUUGGACGUAUUCAACUCGCCUCAGAUGCGGAUCGUGGAGACUACGGCAAAGUGACGUAUACGCUCGUUGGUGGACAUGACCGGGAUGUGUUCCGUUUGGACUCUUUCACAGGUGAUCUUCGUGUGUUGGAGCCACUGGAUCGUGAAUCCAUAGACCACUAUGUUUUGAUGAUCCGCGCCUCUGACGGUGGCAAUCUGUUCGAUUACAUGACUUUAGACUUGCACAUCUCAGACGUGAACGACAAUCGGCCUGUGUUUUUGCAGCCCAGCUACGAAAUCACUUUGUUUCCACAUGAAUACGAUCCGCUGGUGCCCCAUUUUCCAUACCGCACGUCGUUGUGCGUCCAAGCGUCAGAUGCUGACAUGGGGUCAAAUGCACAGCUCGUUUACCGCAUCUUUCGCCCACCUAUCUCCUCUCUGAACUACGACUUAGACAAUGGUGCCUCGCUGUUUACUCUCGACUCGGAGACUGGAUGUCUAUCAUUAAACGUUGCACUGUCCAACAGUACCGAUGAGAUCCAUCUUUUUGCUGAGGCUUGCGACACUCCAACGGACCAAACUUCCGGCGUCCUUUGCUCCAACCCAGUUGGCAUUGUUGCACGGUUGGCUAAACGGAGUCCCAGUUUCAUCGCACACGUUACGUGUUCAUCUUUACCCAUCUUCGAAGACGACUUUCUACUGGAUCGCAACGUCGCCGCAUGUCACGCGCAUCCAGCUAACGCCACCGGAUCUUGGUCACUUGCUUACACUGUCUCUAAGUCGGGCGUGCAAGUGGCUGCCUUUCGCAUAGAUCCCUUAUCUGGGCAACUGUACAACACCAAGCCCAUGGACUAUGAGACCGGGCACUGUUAUCACAUCGGUGUCCAGUUUGAACUCUCUGACGUUUCACCUCUCCUACUCUUGCGCACUGAGCUACGAAUUGACGUCAUAGAUACCAAUGAUUGCUCCCCUGUGUUUGACUCGGCCAUUUACACUGUGCGCAUCUCGGAAGACGCACCAAUUGACUCCCAUCUCAUUCGUGCAUUCGCACGUGAUGCGGACUUGCACGGUGAUGAUACCAUCACGUAUUCGCUGUGGCCGUUGUCCGUGUCAGAAUCAGAUUUAGCCGAUCUGUUCACUGCGCACCCAUUCAGUAUUGAGGCGCGUCUGAAACAGCUCAACUAUAACAACGGAGAACUGGAGGCGCUUCGCGAUCAAUUUGAAGUGCACUCAAGCGGUUGGGUCACACUGAAAUCAUCACUCGAUUACGAAAGUUCCCGGGAACACAAGUUCAAGAUCGUCGCAUCCGAUUCUGCCGGCCACUGGAACUCAAGCGCCGUGAUUGUAACUGUGAUAGAUGUGAACGAUAAUCCUCCUCAUUGGCCUUUGAAAGAAACAUCGGAUGACUCACUGGAGGAUAUAAUAUUUUCUGAUGUUCUGCGUCGUCAGAUUCUUCAGGCUAACAUAUCCAUAGCUGAAAAUUGGUUUUUGGAAUCGAACUCGUCCAUCUACCAGUUAUAUAUCGUCGAUCCAGAUGUGGAUGUGCCAUCCACGCCCACUUUCUCUCUAUUUCCCGAAUCGAGCAACUCCUUUUUUUCUGUCUCUCGUUCUGGCGCCGUCCAUCUUAGACGUCCUCUUGAUCAUGAAUUGGUGUCCAGCUAUGCAUUGAAAUUUCAAGCGUCAGACGGAUUGUACGUCACGAAAGAUUCCUUCGUCCUGCACAUAGACGUUCUCGAUGCGAAUGACAAUGCGCCGGUUUGUAUGGAGCCCGAGCGUGAUCUGACCCUUCCUGAAGACACUCCUCAAGGAACUAUCGUUACUCGAGUGGUAGCUAUCGAUGCGGAUGGUGAUCAGGGUAAUUCAAACCUUGUUUUCAAAAUGGCUUCUGGGACUGAUGACCUUUUCGCAGUGGAUCCAUCCACUGGAGUUGUUCGUUUACAAGGCUCCUUGGACUUCGAAACAAAGCGCUCGCACGAAUUUUCCAUUAGAGUCGAGGAUGAUGGACAGUUUAACUGUUUGUUCCUCGUCCGUUUGCUUGUGCUUGAUGUCAACGACAACCCACCCAAGCUCGACCCCAUAUUUAUCAACCCUGUGCCAGAGGACGUCCCAGUUGGAAGUUUGAUAGGAAAAAUUACCGCUCGUGACCUUGAUUUUGUUGACACCGGGCGUCUGUAUUACAGUCUCCGUUCCUCUCAUGAAGCUAGCUUUAGCAUCGAGCCGCACACCGGAUUGCUUAAAGUCAGUCGUAGUUUGGAUCGUGAGACGACCGACAUUCAUAAACUCACCGUUGUAGUUACUGAUGGUUUCCGCUCACCUGCUGUCACCAAUCCAUCUUCUCAAUUCACGUCGACCGCUUCGUUUACUGUGCGCCUCUUGGAUGUCAACGAUUCACCCCCACAAUUUGUGAACACUUCCUCGCAUAAAAUACGAGUUUCGGAACUGGCGCCCGUGGGCCUUCAUCUACUUCGCAUUGAGGCAGUCAGUUUGGACGAGGGUAUGAACGCCGUGAUUCGUUACAAACUGCUGACAAACCAACCAGAAUUCUCACUAAAUGAAACCACAGGAGAUCUACUGCUGGUGUCUGCGCUAGAUCACGAACACAUUCCGUCCUACUUUCUCACUGUGGAAGCGCGCGAUCAGGGAUCUCCUCCACUCAGCACGACAGCGGUCAUUGUGGUUAAGGUGGUUGACGAAAACGACAAUAGGCCCCAGUUUGUGGGCCAACAACCCGUUCCCACUGAUCUACUGGCGGAGGAUUUUACUGACUCUGAAAUCCCAAACGAGCUAAUUCCGCUUCUGCGGCAUUAUUAUUCGUUUAAUGUCGUCGAAAACAGUCGCACCGGGACAAUUGUGGGAAAAGUGAAAGCAGUGGAUGCGGAUGACGGAGAAAAUGGAAGGCUCCUCUAUCGACUGUCCACUUUGAACAUCACACCCCUGUUUUCACACAUUCACCAAUCCGCCUCUAUCAAACGAAUGUUACUGACCACUUCGGAAGCACAAUCUUACUUCAGUAUAGCUGCAGACUCAGGAGAGAUUGCUCUGUUGUUCGAACCAGAUCGUGAAUCUUUGGCUGAAUUGUGGCUAGCUGCUACAGUUUUCGACCAUGGGACACCGCAUGCGUUCACUGCCGACACGCUGAUCCGCAUCCGUGUGCUUGACGUUAACGACUGUCCCCCGGUGUUCGAUAGACCCAGUUACGAAUUCACCAUACGGGUUGAUCGCACAGGAACCGUCAGCGAGUGCUUCGAAGUGCAGCCUUCCGUUCAUAAAGCAAUAGAAACCACAUGUGGGCAAGCAAUUGGCGGUCGCGUUUUGAUCGCACAGCUACGGGUGACCGAUGAAGAUUCCAACCCGAACGCUGGUCCUUUCACGUGUCAGCUGAUAUUCGCAGGUGCCCCGCAAAUCAUGGUGGACCCUAUGCAUGUUGGCCAUUUGUUUUUUGUGCGAAACGUUUCGUCAGCUUCGAAAAACCUCACCGCAGCCAAGGAGACUCAUCACUCAGGAGAAUGUCUCUUGUAUGCUGCUGACCGACUACCAAUAGGAAGUCAAAGUUUGGUUCUACGUGCAAAUGACAACGGCCUAACCGCAUUGCACACGACCGUGACUGUGACUGUCCACGUCGUUAGACUGGAUAAUCUCCCCCCGGAAAUUGUCAAAGGAAACGCCACUCUCACUUAUUAUCGGGGAACUCAGUUUCUGCCGCAACCUGCAUCCACCAGCGUCUCAGCUUCUUCCGCCCACUCAUUUACGGAUGUUGUUGUUGCACGCGUGAUCGUUGAGGGCAAAACUGCUCACGACCGCCUCACUUUCGAAUUGUUGCCUGGUAGCUCAGCAUCUGGCCUUUUUCGUGUUGAUAAAUAUGACGGCUCUAUACGGACUACCUACUCUCCUACUGCGCAUUUGUCCGCUACCGCCGGGACAGAAUCUGGCUCCGCCACUCCCACUUUCUAUGGACCACCAGCCACAUCCUUCAGUCAUCUCGACUCUGGCCUCUAUCCCGUUCGUGUUCGUGUGUCCAAUGGAUCGUUAGCUUCUGAGGAGACUCUCUUUAUUCAAGUGAUAACAAUUACGGACGACAUGAUGGAGUCUGCCGUAAUUGUUCGGAUAUCCAAUCUGUUGCCAAGCCUAUUUUACAUGGAGAAUUAUGAUAGACGCCUGCGUAUACGUCUUGCGUCGUCCUUGUUUCCAAGUUCACAUCAGCUCGGUUCUUCGAGUGUUGAAAACUCUAUCUCCCGGACCGAGGACGUCUACAUACUGGCCGUCCAGGAAUCUGAUCCUUUGUUACUUGGUUCGGGCUCAGCGCUCCGUCGAACCCCGCGAAGUCUAGGUCGUUCCAUAGACGUUCUGAUUGCAGUUUAUGAUUCGGAGCAUCGCGAGUUCAUUACCCCUCGCGCAAUCUCAGAGGCCGUGACUCGCGUGUCAACAUCCAUCUCCGCUGAGUUUAAUGGUCAAGUGGAAGUAAUCUACGAUGUGUGCACCUUGCAGUUCUGUCCACGCGGCCGUUGCGUCACACGCAUUGCAGUGGACCCCCACGGCCUCAUGAAUCGGAUUGAAAUUCACCGUGUGAGUCAGGUGUCUCCUCGAUUCACCAUGUUUCCGACGUGCCUGUGUCCGCCACAUUUCACCGGCCUGCGUUGUGAUAUCCCCUCGGACUCGUGUGCGACUGCCACGUGUCCCGCCCCUCGUAUCUGCAUUCCACGGGACAGAAAGUCACAUGUUUGUGUGUGCCCGCCACCACGAACAGGACCGAACUGCGAAUCUGUCCAGCCUAUCGUUGGUCAACAGGACUCAUGCUACACGGAGCAGUGCUUCAACGACCGUGAAUAUGGCCCUCUGCAAUUUGACGGGGGUUCGUUCAUUCACUGGGAAUUGAUAAAUCCCGAACAUGAUCGUUUCGAAUUAGCCUUUCGGUUUAGAACUCGUCAACGUGCUGGAACUCUAGUCGCAGUCCGUUGGAAUGCUUUACGAACGUUCCACAUUCGUCUGGCCACCGGAGGGCGGUUGGUGGUGUCCUCUACAGGAUUGAACGAUGGGUUGUUCUCAUCCGACUGGCUAGUGUCUGCAACACCAUUGUCAGAUGGGCUUUGGCAUCAUAUUCGCUUGGUCCUCAUUACAACGGACCAACACAUCGUACAAGAUUUGGCUACUAUUCUAUUCCACGUACCUGAAGACUCCGCAUCUCGAAGGGUCAUUAAAAAUCCACCAUACAAACGGUGGUGGGUCGAGCUAACUGUUGACGGGAUUCAGCCGCGUUCAGCCUUCAUACACUGGGAGUUGAGUGACCCAAGGAUGGUUGGCAUUUUGUUGGGAGCUGAUCCUGUGCGGGGAUUCGGUCCCUUGGCUCCACGUCUCCCGCUCACGGCCGCUCCCAUUUUGACAAGCACACCACAACUCGGCCGUCGGGCAGUGAAUUAUACAACAGAUGAGCUGGUUGUUUUGCGUUCAGGAAUCGUUGGUUGUUUUCGUGACAUUCGAAUCAACAAGCGCCAACCACCUUAUCAGUUCAAUUUUCAAGUGUCUGUUGCCAGAGCGCUUUCUGAAAGUACGCCGUUUACCGACACAUCAAAUGUACUGCUUAUGCGCGCUCACCAGCUGAUCUAUGGAUGCGACCCUUCUGCGACCGUCUCCGGCCCAUGUGCUUCUGGGCCGUGUCUUCAUGGGGGCUCUUGCGUUCCGAAAGUGCAGCGAAACUCAACUAUUCCCUAUAUCUGUCACUGCCCUGCUUUGUUCCGGGGCCAUCAAUGUGAACGUACUAGUGAUGCUUGUCUGCUUAAACCUUGUCAAAACGGCGGAAGCUGCCAAACUCUUUUUAGCCCCACAACUUCCCAUACUUCAACCGACUCGGGCCUCGCUGCUUAUCGCUGCGUUUGUCCUGUUGGCGUUUCCGGUGUUCAUUGUGAAGAAAUGCGUGACGGCCUUGCUCACAGCGGGGGCGAUUCAUCGUCACGCUAUGUUCAAACAAAAGUAGGCAAACCGGCAUGUUUCGCGGCUCAUCUGGUCCUCCGCCAUUCUCGUCUGCGUACAACCUAUCCAUCGUCUAAGGCAACGCCUUUGAGUCACUCCGAUGUGUUUUCGCUACCGGAUUUUAACAACGAACCCGUUUGUUUGAACGGGGGCGAGUGCCUAGAUUCUACAACUGGCGCAUACUGUUCAUGUCCCCUCGGCUGGCAGGGUGCCCGUUGUGAGCACGAUGUCAACGAAUGCGAACUAACUGAGUACUUGUUUUCCAACCAGAACUACCUUCACAUCACUCAUUUAACGCAUCCUCAAUGGGCUGAAUCACAUGGUUUCACUUCUAGUAAUCUCUGCAGUUCCUAUGAGGUCGGCCGGGGGAUUUGUGUCAACACUCCUGGUUCCUAUCGGUGUAACUGCACUCUCGGUUUCACCGGCCGAUAUUGCCAGACUAAGAACCUUAUCCAACUGACUCCGGACACAAAUGUGUUGGGUCUCACGCAGCUCCAUGUGUAUGUCAUUGUCAGUGUGUUGGCCUUCCUCUUCCUGGCAGCUCUGACUAUCAUAGUAAUCCUGGCAUGUCGGGCUCGUGGAUUUACCGGCUCGUCCCUAGAGCAUGAUGAUAGAGGCAACAAAUUGGCCACUUCCUACCUUUGGUCUUCCGGGAGCAAACAGUGUCUACAACACAAAUCAACCGGCCAUUAUUCUGUAUCCCGUUUACACCCGUAUGGCCACUCUGAUUCUGGUAACUUUCUUGGUGUUCCAUUUAGAUCCGCUAGUCCUGGGCGCAUUUUGCAUUCUCAUCGGAUGGGUACCAACGCAAGUUCCCAUGGGUUUUCAUCAUGUGGUGUCGCUCGUCGUCGACCUUCUCUUGUCUCCUCCACUUUUACCUUUCCGGUCAACGGCAAUGGUAGCACAACCGCCCUUCUAAGUUGCCCCGUGAAUAAUAACAUGAAACACGAUAGCGAAAGCAGCGCUGACCCGACUUUGACCGACUACAUGGAUCGGGACGACUGUUCUACUACUGACGCUUCUCGCUUGUUGCUAUAUCCAUCUUCAGGUGGUGACCCGGUGCCCGUCGUAAUGAUGAUGUCCCCAUCUGCUGGUAACCGUACCAAUCUGUUGUCUCGCUAUUCUCCUUCGUCAUCGGUUGUUUACUACGGACCUGCACCGUUUCUUGGCAAUGAUGCCCCUCCAAAUCAUGGCAGCUCUUCAUACAUAGGAUAUAACCUUGAGCCGCCAGGUUCAGCCUGCGUCCCUUCUCGUCAGAGACACUCCGCUUUACCUGUGGCAUUUUACCCCUCUGGACCUUUACAUCCUGUCGUCGGUCUAAAUCCGGCUCAAUCACAAUUGUACGGGUUGAGACCUGGUUCCGUUGUUGGCUCUGAUAAGCUAUCUCUGGGCUCUGGUAGCGACCGAUUCUCUGCCCAUAGCAGUCAAGUUCUGAUGCAACCUGCAAACGGAGUGCCCGUACCGUUCAGUUAUCAAUUGGGCCACCCCCAACUGCAACAGCAAGUGUCUUAUCCUGGUUAUCCGGUGAAUACAUACGACAGCUUUUCGCUGGAGCAAUUUGAGAAACCUUCGGAACGGGCAGCCACCGAAGCAGCGACGCAAACUCUUCGCGCAAGCGACCCCUACUUUGGUACAGCCAAUUCGCACCUCGAGAAUUUCACAACCUCGGCACUGUCGCAUUCUAUUACACCAGGCUGCACUCAGUACUCCAAACCAAGACCACUCCCUGCCAAUUUGCACCAUUUAAACCAUCUCAAUCAUUCCGUCGACGCUCACGAUGCAGCUUCUACCACCGCCUCAAAUGGGACGUACAACUGCGAUUCCUCGCUUGACAACGAAGCAACACCAAAGCUGUGUAGACCGAGAUCGAGCAUACCCACAGAUGAUCAAACUUUGAGGCGUCCAGAAUCGCCUUCAUUGCUCGACCAAAAGUCAAUAACCUAUACCUCUCAGUCACAUUGUCCUGAACUGGCACGGUCUGAUGCUGCUGAUUCUGAACCCAAAGUACUUACCUUCGAUUCCGACCGCUCUCUGUUUGCAAAGCAGCACGGCGCAACGAAACUGUCUGAAUAUGGUCAACAAUCUUCCCAACCAUCUCCCAUGAACCACUCUGAUGAUGUCAAACCCUUCUUCAACGGAUCAGGAACGGACUACGACUCCAAUACCGUUUGCUAAAGCAUCGAGUGCUGAGGUGGAUGGCUUCGUCCGCUCAUUUUUCUGAUCGACACUCAAGUUCUUACUUUCACUGUGUUCUUGGUCAUACUCUGUCCAAAAAUCCUACACUUUCGACACAUAUCUUCCCGUUCGUUUCGCUGUCACCCCUUGCCCCCACGUAGGUGCUUGGCGGUUGCACGAUCUGCAUUCGUCGCCUAUCAGGUGUUAUAUCUCGCCAUCGCAUUUCGGCUUUGACUCACUUUCCCACCCUCUCUUUCAACCGGUUCUCAAUGCAAUAUUGGCUUAAUCUAGUCUUGUUCUCAUCCUGAUGUCACUCGAACAAUGAGCUCCAUUUUUUUCAUUGGAGCUUUCUGUGCAUAACAGACACGAAAAUUUGCAUUUUGUUUUUAUUGACGACAAAUUUUUUAGGCUUGAAUAUGCAGUAACCGAUUUUUAUCCGAUUUUGUCCCUGCAUUGCGCAUUGCUUAAAUUUAUUGUUUCAUAUGCAUACAUUUCAGAUAUAGUGAGUUUGACUCUUAUUAAAUCCGCCAACGUUGUCACUAAAACUGCUGCGGCCACUUCUUCAUUUGUACAUUAUGAUUUUGUGACAACAAACUCAUCCUCUGUCUCGAU